GGCCAUGCCUGGUCGAAGGACGAUGGCUGAGACGGUCUGAAAUGGCCUUUAUUGUGGUAAGGCUUCAAACAGCUGAUCUGUUGGUAGAUGAAGGCAUAUAUCUGCAUCAUUCCUUGACCAAACCAAUCUCUUCAAAAGUAAUGUUGAAGCUGGUUUCAAGGGAAAACUCGACUUUGUACUAUUCUCCCCAACUUUUCUUUUCUCUGCUUUGCUCAUUUGUGUUAUAUACUUUGAGUUACUGAGUCUAAAAGAAAAUCCAAAAAACACACAACAAUCCACGCAUCCCUCCCAUCUUAUCUCAAGAUGCACGCCCCAGCCAACCUCCUCCGCUACCUUCCUCUCCUCGCCCUUCUCCACCCUCCCGUCUCUGCCCUCACACCCCCAUCUUCCCAAGUUCCGCUCACGUCCCCCGAAAAAUGUCUCUCUUACUCCGCUACCUUCCUAACACCCUACACCUCCGGCGCCCUCGAACCGCAUGCUUCAGCAAAACUCCCUGGUUUCUGCGAAGGAAUCGUUGAGCCCGUCGCCCUCCACCCAAAUAUUGUUGAUGAUUGGGGAUACGUUUACGAUUUUAGUUCCGGGUGUGGAUGUGACGGGGCAGGAGGCGACGGGAGUGAAAGAUUUUGGGUAUAUUUCCCCGCUGAGAUCAACAGUAUUGAGAAAGACAAACAAAAACACACAUUCGAGUCCCCUGGCCGCGCAGACGAGGAACUCAAGAAGAAGAAUCGAAAGAAGAAGUGCCAUGGUAAAAAGGAGAAGACGGAGGAAGAAAUGGAAAUCGAAAUCAUGGAACCGUGGAUUCUGCACGCGGAGGGAUGUGAGGAUAAUAGAGGAGAUGCGGAGAUUAAUGGAGGACUAGGAACGUGCGAGAAUGGGAUUCUGAGAACAUGGCAGAUGGGUGUCAGUAGAGAAGAUUGGAGAGAGAUGAGAAGUGAUGGGGGAAUGGUUUGGAUUGUUGAGGGGUGGGAUAAGUGUGAAGAGCUGGAGGGGCGAUUGGGACAUGCAGAAGAGAGUGAGGAAGAGGAGGAGUUUGAGGUUGAGGUUGAGGUUGAGUUGGAAAUCGAAAAGGAAAUCGAGUAUGAGCUUGAAUUCGAAAUUGAGAUUGUAGAGGAGAGAGUGGAUGAGGAGAACCCCGAGUAUGAGCUUGAAUUCGAAAUUGAACUCGUGGAUACAGCGACAAAAGAAGACGUUGAAGAGGAGCAACAGGAGAAAGUAGAAAUACUAGAUUUCGAACUUAAGAAAUAAGAUAUUACGGAGAGGGGGGGGGCGAAGGAUAAUAACGAUCUUAUCCUGAAAGUACA